AUGGAGAAGGAUUGGAGUUUAAUUUUUUCUUUUGUGUUAUUUUUCUCAGCUGUGAUCAUUUCGAUUCCCCCGGCGAGCUCCCUCUCCUUCAAUCUGAGCAGUUUCGGCCAGGGUGAGAAUUUGGUGCUCAAUCAGAGCGAUGCGACGUUGAACGGCUCCGAGAUCAAUCUGACGCAGUACCCCAUGCAGUACGCCACCGGCAGAGUGGAGUACGGCGAUCCCCUGUUCCUGUGGGACUCCGGCACCGGCAACCUCACCGAUUUCACCACCCGCUUCUCCUUCGUCAUCGACUCCUUCAACGGCUCCGAGUACGCCGACGGCAUCGCCUUCUUCCUCUCGCCGUUCAACUCCAGCAAGCCGCCGUAUUCACGUGGCGGCUUCCUCGGUCUUUUCAGCAAUAGCUCGCUCACUAACUACACGGCCGUCGAGGUGGCCGUCGAGUUCGACACUUUCUCCAACGACUGGGAUCCCAAGGGCGUCCAUAUCGGGAUCGAUGUCGACUCGAUCGUGUCGAAUGUGACGGCGCCGUGGAACGCUGACGCCGGCAUCAGGGCCGGCAGAGAGGCAACAGCGUGGGUGAGCUACAAUUCCACUACACACAACUUGAGCGUGCUGGUGGGCUAUGCAUCGGAUCCGACCUCCACCGCAGGCAUAUUCCUCAUCGUGGACCUGCGAGAUGUCCUGCCGGAGAUGGUCGGAAUCGGGUUCUCAGCGACGACAGGUAACUUGACGGCGACGCACACUAUCUUGUCCUGGUCUUUCAACUCAACCUUGCAGCUUCCCCAAGAUGAAAGAGGAAGCAAGAAAGAAGAGGUAGUCGGAAUUACUGUCGGCACGGCUGCCGGAGUGGUUGCCAUGGCGGUGAUGAUUGCGUGUGGCUUAAUUUGGUGGUGGAGGAAGCCACGUAUCGAUGACGCUCUCAGUGUUUGGUUUGCCAGAGAGGUUUCAGGACCGAGGGAGUUCAACUACGAAGUUUUGGCUUCUGCGGCGAGUAACUUCUCGCCGGAGGUCAAGCUAGGCGGCGGCGGGUUCGGGUCAGUAUACCGAGGCCAACUGAAUGACCGUCACGUGGCCAUCAAGAAGGUCGCCCGGGAGGGCGAACAGGGGAUAACAGAGUAUAUCUCGGAGGUGACCAUCAUCAGCCGCUUGCACCACCGCAACCUGGUGGAGCUCGUCGGGUGGUGCCACCGCCGCGAGCGUGAGGAGUACCUCCUUGUCUACGAGUUCAUGCCACAGGGGAGCCUCGACAAGAGCCUGUACAGCUCCAGCGAGUGCAUGCCAUGGCCCCGGAGGCGCGAAGUCGCGUUGGGCUUGGCGGCGGCGCUCCGCUACUUGCACCACGAGUGCAAGCCCAGCGUGGUGCACCGCGACGUGAAACCCAGCAACGUGAUGCUCGACUCUGAGUACAACGCCAAGCUCGGCGAUUUCGGGCUGGCGAGACUGCUCGACGGUGACUGCGACGGAGACCAACGGCAGGCGUCGACAUUGGCCGGGACGAGGCCGUACAUGGCCCCGGAGUAUUGCCACGACGGGAAGUUUAGCACCAAAACGGACGUGUAUAGCUUCGGGAUCGUGGCGUUGGACAUCGCCUGCGGGAGGAAGCCGCGGGAGGUGGAGAUGCAGCUGGUGGAGUGGGUUUGGGAGCUCUACGGAAGGGGAGAAAUCCUGGAUGCGGCUGACCGGAGGCUAACGGGCGAGUUCGACGGCUGCGAGAUGGAGCGGUUGAUGGUCGUGGGAUUAUGGUGCGCGCACCCGGACUGCAACCAGCGGCCGACAAUCCAAGAGGCGAUCCGGGUUCUCAGGUCGGAGAAGCGGUUGCCGGAGCUUCCUCCGACGAGGCCAAGGCAAGUGUUUCGGCAUCCGUCGGAGGAGGUGUUCUCAUCGGCUGUAUCAAAUCUGGUAACAACGAAUUGAUAGUCCAGGAUUAAA